AUGCUGACGCUACUAAGUUGGUCACUGGAAGCUCCCGGACACUAGAGUUCACCAGACCGAUCGUUCAACCAUUUCAAUUGAUCAAACUAUUGACAUUUCACUGUUCAACCAGAUUUUAACAUGUCAUUUCUCGAGAGAUCGUUUAUUAGAUCAGUUUUUGAUCACUUAAAUUAAUGACCAAUCAUUGGAUUUCAAUGUUUUGAUGGAUCGAUAUUCCGAGCAAAAUUUUUGGUAUAACUUUUUGAUCGAUGCUUUGAGAAUAAAAUUCUGACCAAUAUCUUGAGAAUGAAAAUUCUGAUCAAUCAAUAAUUUGACCAAAACUUUCAAUACAACAUUUUGAUCAAUAAUUAUUUCAAGAAAAAUGAUCUUGCCACGGGGGGUUUCGUUUUUUUGCAUAGGAUGAAUCUUAACAAAAUUCUGGGUCAUAAGACGGGAAAGGUAGAGCUAGUGGAGACACUGAAAAAACUUUUUUUUAGCCUUUUUUUUCUUUUUUUAGAUUUUCUUGCAUAAUAUUUAUUUGAUAAGCUUCAGAAGCCCAAAAGCGAAACAAUGACCACUCGAAGUUUGGCCCCUCGCCCAGACCCAGCAAGAAAACAGGGAGAUCGCGAGACGAUAAAAUCCACAACGAGUUGAAGCGAAAAUCCAUGCGCCAAGAUUACCAUCUCCGAGGUCCAACCAUCGGCCGACCAAAAGACCCAACUCUUCGCGAGAUUUUUUCCUCGAAGCUUUCGUCGAGCUGCCGCGUCGCAACGUCAUCAUGCGUGAGCUGCACGUCAAACUUCGUCGGAUUUGGUCUUUGACUCCGCGAAUUCGACGCUUUUUCAGUAACCACAGUGUCGGCAUCGGCGACUGGGUCGGUUUUUAGUUACGCUUUUGAGUCUGUUUUAAAGGUGUGAAAUUUUUUAACAAAAUUUGGAUAGGCGAAGUUCGUGAACUUCGAAAAGGUCUCAAGGCGAAAUUUUCUAUUUUUUUUGGUCAUCACGCAUUUUUGAGACAGUACUACGGCGGCCGGUGGCCGGUCAGUAUUGCGCAGUCAGUUUCGGAGCCAGGAAAUUUUUUAAAUUUUCUUUCUUUUUUGCAAUCUGGACCUAUUUCUCGAGGUUACAAGGUAAGUUACGUCACAAAAAAUACACAAGAUUUCAUUUUAUUAUUGAAAAACCUAUCCAAACUACCGUAAUACGACCGGCCAUUUUAAACAGGCGUGUCAUUCAAGAUUUUUCUAUUCUCAAUGUUUAUCUGACUAGUGAGUUGUGAGUAAGUAUUUUUGAACAUAUUUUUUUUUCAAGCGUUUUCUUUUUAAAAUAUUUUUUUUCCUGCAUCCUUUUCCUGAUUACAUUGAAAAGCUUAAAUUUUAUUCAUUGAAAAAUUUGAUCAGAAGUACUAUUCUGCAGAUUUUCCGAGCCGCUCUGAUUCUCCUUGCCAUUUUUUGCGGAUGUGCCUGGUACUCGAGAACCAUCAACAUGUGGUCCAUGAAGAAUAUUGGCGACACUUUUUUGAGGAAACAGCAAAGUAAGCCAUUUUCUUCGUCUAAAGUCGGUUUCUAGACAGACAGACUUACAUACAAAAAAGGAGCAAAAACGCAUAUUUUUUUAACUUUUAGACUCACGACAAAUAAUCCUCGGCUCAUUCUGGAGAGAAGAAAGAGAACAAAACGUCGAUGGAAGAUUCGCGGUAAAAACCUGUUGAAAAUCUGAAAAAAUUAAAAAAAAAAGUUUAGGUCAUUCAUUUUCUCGGCGAUAGUCGGAUUGAGCAUCCGGUUUACUGCUUCUCCAUGGUUCCCAACAAUGAAUAUGCAGGUAAAACUGGAAAAUAUGGACCAAAAAGCCUUCGUGAAAUAGAAAACUUGAAAUUAGGAACUAAAUAGAGAAGUUGUUGAAUUAAUUAUUUAAAUAAAAAUCAGAUUUUUGCAUAGAACUUCAUCACUAUGUAAUGGCUGAGUGGUCACUAUCGGGGUUAGGGAAAAAAAAGUCCCUUUAGUGGACAAAAAGGGCUUUCUAGAGGGUCUAGGUGGUCCUUAUAAAAGCUUACGUGUUAGUGUCGGACCCCAAGCCCCUAAAGCUCAAGGGCUCCCUAUAGGGUUCUUUUAAUUUUUAUUCACUUGAUAAUUAAAGAAAAGCUAACUUGAUCAAAAAAUGGACUAGCAUGUUCCUUAUGUAGAUGCCACGAACUAAGACCCCUAUAGGGGCCACUUUUACAAAAUCCAGUUAGAAUAAAGUGAGUUAGUGAAAAAAAAUAAUUUGACUUUUUAGAGUCAGAGAACGCUUCGAAAUUUCUGAAAAGUGUAGACCGAAUUGAUUUUUCGAAUCAACUUUCAAAAUUAAAAUUAGUAUAGUCUGUACCACGACUUGAAAUUUCAUAGAACGACAUUCCGCUGUUCCGCUCCGAGCCUUUGCGCACUUUUAAUUUUUCAUUUUAUUUAAGAACUCGACCAAAACGUGUUCCUAGUGGAACAGUCCAUCUAUCAGAAAUAAGAACCAAUUAAAAGCGAGACCGAGGCUCGCAAAGACGCUUCGCGACGCAGCGGAGCAGCGGAGUGUCGUUCGGUGAAAUUCCAAGUCUUGGCACACAGACUAUAUCAUUCCCCAAAAUUCAUCAAUUUUUAAAAUUCUUCAAUCAACGAGCAUUUUUUUUAGUAACACGCGCAACAGUUCAACGGAUCCACAGAGGAAAAAGAGCCGCCUCGGAUAUUUGCUCCUGGGCGGGACAUAUUGCCGAAUGUCCUUUGGAAGAACAUGCCUAUAAGGAUUUCAAGUCUAUUUUUUUAAUAUUUUCAGAUUUGAAAUCUCAAAAAUUCAGAAUCAGCACCACCCCAUUUGUCGAAGAUUCAAUGCUCAUUGUUCCAGAGGCUCCUUUGAAGUGAUUAUAAUGCGUUUUUCGAUUAAAAAUGUAAUCUUUUCAGAGAAAAACGACACGAUCUUGUCGUUUGCAUGGCCCCCAUGUACAUUUACACCGAUUGGCAGACGCUUUUGGCUGGAAUUGGUUAUUUUCUUUUCCAAAUCAGUUAUCAAAUUGAGAAUUUCAGAGAUUUGGCUAGCCAUGGGCGCGACAAAAAUCGUGGUUCCUGUUCAGUCUGCCUCCACGACGACCUAUCGAAUUUUGGAAGAAUAUCAGAAGAAGGGUGAAUUUGUUGAAAUAAUGGUCUUACCCAUAGUUUUUUGAAAUCCCUCGCAUUUUUAAGAUUUUUUUGUUUCGAUACCUUGAGUAUGACUUUAAAAUACUCAAUACACUCCUUUCGAAUUCUCUUAAAUUAAAGAAAAAAAUUGACAAAAAAACGAACCGACAUUCCGCCGUGACGUUCUCUAUAGCGCGCAUUUGCACUCGCUUUUCCCUUAUAGUUUUGAAUUUUUCAAAAAGAUUUUUCAAGCGCUUGUGAAUUCUUUAUAAUUUUAAGAUUAUUCUGCAUUUCAGGUUCAAACUAUUCAAGUUUCAAGUUUUUUUCACUUAAAAAUUUUUCCAAUUUCAAUCAAAUCUUUGAACUUUUUAAGGCAUCGUUAUCAUCCGCCACUGGCCAAAAUGGCCCGUCCUUUCUGAUUCCAAUCCCAAUGGCCUUGUUCUCAGUCGAGGUUCGAAGUUCUACAUAUAAACUAUAUUUCAUCAGGCAUUGAAGAAUCCCACGUGAACUGCUUGUUUUUCGUCAAACCUUGGGCGGAUAUUGUCGUUUUCAGUGAUAUAGACGACCUUCUUUUGCCCGUGGAUCCGACGAAAAUCAGACCUGGAAUUAAUCUCGAGAUCAUUCGAGUGAGUUUGGAUUUAUUAUUUUUUUAGGAAAUGAUCUUUUUUCGCGCCUUUCGGACAUUUUUCUCAUAGAUCUAAGCUGUGCGUUUUGCCAAAAUACCAUGCUUUUUAAUUUGGAAAAUUUAUUUUUCUCAAACAUAGGCUUGAGAGCUUCUUAGGAACGUCAGAGUUGUCCCUAUAGGGGACAAAAAGAGCCCCUAGAGAAGUUGAAUUUAAGUGCUCCCUAUAGGGGUCUUUCAAAUUUUUUUUUUGAAAAUAUUUCUUCUCAUAGAGUUCAUAACAAUAAUCGUAGUAUUUCCCCUCUAGGGGCCACUUUUGUAAGCUUUUGCGGAACCUAUAGGAGUUGUUAGAAAUGUUCCUAAAAGCCUUCAAGGGCCCCUAGGGUUGCGUCCCUUUAGGGACCACUCUCGAGUUUCUGAUUUAUCCCUUCUUUCGCAUCAAACUAACGACUCCUGCGAGUCUCAUCUGAUUUUAAUUUGUACAAUUUUUCAAAAAUUCACAAUUUUGAAUUUGAGGGACUCAUUAGAAUUCACGUAUCUGAAUAAAUAAUUUUUGUUUAUCUAAAUUCAUUUCCUUAUAGGGCCUUUUCAAUGAGCACCCCCAGGCCGGUUCUUUUGCUUUUCGAGCACCGUGAUGUUCAAUUUGUUCCACCCAAAUCACAGGUUAAAGAUUAUUCCAUAUUCCAUUGGAAAAAUGAAUUUUUAGGACAAAUACAGCCUAUCGUCGUUCAAUUUCGAUUUUCUUAGAGAGUCGAGAAACAAAAUGAACUGUAAUGUUUGGCGGAUGAAGACUCGCGUCGUCGUGAAUGCCAGUCAGUUUGAGGGUCCAGAACUCAUGAAUUAAAAUGAGCUUUUUGCAUUGAUUGUUUGAGUUUUUUGGGCUCUUUUUCUUAUUUUUCGACGUUUUCUUCCUAAAAAUAUUUUUGGCAUUCAUGGAAAACGCUAGAAAUUGAAUCUCAGAGUUUUUCGGGUCCUUUUUUUUCGUAUUUUUCGACUUGAAAAUAAUUUUUAUCAUGAUAUCCAAAAUGUCUACUCGAAAUAUUCACUGAUUGAAUUUUAAUAUAUAUAUUUCUCGAAAAAUCAUAAAUUUCGGUCGUUUUCUCUUGUUUUCCCACAAUGUUUAGGUGAUCGUGUCAGGACUAUUUUUUUGAAAAAUUUCUUCAAUUUUUCGAUGAAUGCGGCUCAUUUUAGGAUCCUUUUUGUUGAAUUUGAUUGAGAUUUAAUCCAUCGCUAAUUUAUUGUGAGAAAAAAAUAUUAAUUGAAAAACAGUUUGCCUUGAAAAAAAUGAUCAAAAAAAUAUGUAGUCUGCUCAGAUUUUAAAUUUAAAGAACGUCAUUCAAAAACGCUCUGUGGAUGGCUCGCCCUCCGAUUGGUUUAUAGCGUCCUUAGGGGCGGAGCUUAAGCGAGAAAUUGACAUUCAAAAAUUUGUACAGAUAUUUUUUUUAAUUCUUUUUUUCGAUGACUUCAUACAGCCUUCGUGCUUCAAAAAUGAAUGAAGUACCUGAAAAACUCGAAAUUUUCGAUAAUUCAGGCCGCGUUGAUUCUGUCAACAUGCACGAAACCGGCAUCCAUCGGUUCGGCUACGUUCAAACUCGUGUUCCUUGUCGGAAGGUUUUUUUUUUGGGUUUUUUUCAUGAAAAAAAGGUUGAAAUUUUAUACGGUUCUACAAAUCUCUGUUCCAAAAAAAAGUCAUAAUCGGGUCAAAAGGUCAAAAAACUACCUUAUUUGCUCAAUUAGGUGUCCUAUAAAUUAAUUCAACAAAAAAAUAUUUUAAAAAAAUCAAAUAUUGACUUUUUGAAGCCAAUUUAUAUUUUUAUUCGUUGAAAAAAACUCGAUUCUGCUUUUUCUUUGUCGAGAAUCCAAUUAAUUUAUUACAUUUUUUUAUGUCGUUUCCAUUUUACAAAAAAAUUUAUUGAUUGUAUUUGAUAAAUACUCUGAAUUUUUUUAUACGAUUCUUCAAAUUUCUGUUUCAGAAAAAGUUAUUUUGGGGUUGUUUUUUUAUAAUUUUUGCUAAUAUGAAAUCCGGCGGUGUUAGAUUCGAAAAAUUAAAUUUUAAAAAUCUAAAAUUGAUUUUUCUUUCUCAGGAUUUAUAUAAGAAAACGUUUAAUUUUAUGUCCUCCUCCUUUUUUUCCUCCUUUUUUUCUGAGACAAAAAAAUUAAAAAUUAGGAAAUUUCAAAGUAAAAAUUUUUUUCUUUUUUUCCUGAAAUUAUAUCCACUUUUUGAAGUAGGAUUUCAGCGAUUUUAUGCUCAAAAAUUUCAAUUUCUAUCUCUUUUCCCUCAGUUUUCGAGUUUUUUUCAAUUUCAAAGUCGUUUUUCCGUUUUUCAAGAGUCGUUUAUUAUAUUCACUUUUUGGAGGAAAAAUUCAGUAUUCAAUGUUUUUUUCGCAAAAACUUUUUAUUGAUAUAUGUUUUACCCCCUAUUUUUGACUUUUUCUUUGCCAAGAACGCCUUUUCCUUUUUCAAAGUCAUUCUUUUUUUUACGAAAUAUUAUUUUCUCCAGGCUCACUUUUACCAUCUCCGUCACUCUCACAAUACGGUCCCAUCGCCUUCUCCCAUCGAUAUGAAUCCUCUCGUUGAUAUUCUCAAUGGGUAAUUUCUUAUAACCACGGCGUUCCCAAACGGGGUGGGGAGACGUCAAAAAAUUUUGGCCCUAAAAUUCAAAUUUGAAAUACGCAGCCAAAGGCGAUCGAACAAACGAGUUAUUAACGUUGAAUACUCCAUGUAAUUUGUGACGUAGGAUGACGUCAUUUUAUCCGGCGCGCGCACUUACUUUUUUUUUGUAAAUUCAGAAUCUUUGACGCCUUGCUCACCUUCCCUCACCCCUUUAGGAAUGUCGUGUAACUCCUCUCUUUUUUUUUUUACUAAUUCCCGAGUUUACAGUCGAUGGCAACAAAGAUUGGUCGAGUUUUCCGAGUUCCGGGACGCUCAACUGAAUAAAUCGAAUACGGAGUCUUUGGAGGUAGCUUUUCAGGGAAUAAAAACGGCUAUUUCAUCAAAAAAUGAGGGAAAUUUUUUUUUCACAGGAACACUGUUAGUCAGAGAGUUUUUGGAGGUACUUUUCCAGAAAAAAAUACGGUCAUUUUAACUGAAAAUUGAGUGUGAAUUAUAUUUUUUUACUCGGAUUUCAAGAGAUGAUUUCAACCAUUACAGAAAAUUUAUCAACCAGAACUUGGACUAGCCUGAUUUUUUUCUUUUUGUAGUUGAAACGGUCUAAAUUUCUUUUUUUGAACGCGGAAGAAGACUUGCAACAGUUUAUUUUGUGUUCGAAAAAAAACUUGAAACAGUUUGUAAUUCCUUUUGAACUCAAAACUGGUUCUUUGACAGUAGGAUUUUUUCUCUGCAAAUCUCUCGUUUUGCGUUUUUUUUUUACGUCAUUAUCACCUUUUCGGUGAGAGAGAAGAGUGCCCAGACAGGUCCGAUUUUUUUAAAUCAGAACACCUUUUUUUCAAUGCAAGACGAGAAAACCUCGUUAAUCGAAAACUUUGGAGCUAAAAUUUUAGUUUUAUGCAUGAUUCGAACGUUUCAAAGAUAAGAGUAUGACUCAUUUGCCAAAAUAUCGAAAAGUCUGAUUUGGGCUUUUUUUACGCUUGUGAGAGAAAAGAGGGCGCAGACAGGUUGAAAUUUUCAUGUAGCGGUGAGUAGAACAUACUUUCUUCAACACAAAAAAAGCAGAUAAAAGGGCGAUUUCAGGACUUUGACCGAUGUAUGGGCGCGAUCAACGAUGAACACUGGACAAUGCAAGUUUCGAGAUGUCUAACGCCUCACGUUUGCUUCACACGUCUCAAAAGGUUUUAGCUUGGAAAAAAUCAACUAAACAAUAAACUGUAGUUUAAAAAUGGCUGACAUGGGUAUUGAACUUGUUUGGAGUUUUUCCUGUAGUAAAAUUACAAUAUUGUCACCAGAACUCUUCAAAGAAUGAUCCGCAGGCUAGAGCGCUAGCCACUGCGUCCCUGGUGCGGACACAUCUCUUCUAAACAUGGUCACGUCUUGAAGGAUAAAAACUUUUGAAAAAUCAAACCUCAAAAACGGUAAUCCCCGACCUCCAAUGGAAAUGUAUUUGGAAAACCCCCCCGCCCAUUUUUAGGAGUUCCAGAGUGGGGCUUGUAGGGGUUAGGGGAACAAACUAUAAGGACCAAACAAGUGGUCCCUGUAGGGGUCUUUCAGCUUCAUUCAAAAAACGCUUAGUUAUUUAGUUUUUCGCAUGGAAAUGCUUCUUCGCAUAGAGUUUAUAACGAUUGCCGACCAGCAUGCCCCUAUAGGGACCACUUCUCAAGCUUCAGUGAUCCUUGUAGGGAUUGACAAAGGGGUCCCUAGAGGGGAUCUCCAAGGGCUCCUAUAGAGACCACUCUGGAGUUCCUGACUUGUUCAAUUCGGUGAAUUUUUCAUUUACCAAAUAUAACUGGAGAAUUUUCUAUUUUGAACAUUUGGUCGUUUUUUUAAUCGUUCCAUUGAUGUACUGUUUGGUUAUUAGUAAAAAAGAAAUAUGGAAACGGGAAAACUCCAAUUUUCGGCCUUUAUCUGAUGAAGUCUUACUAGUUAGUUCUCGUUUUAAUUUUCUCAUUUUUUUUCUUUUCAAAUCUCAUAAUUAAGUUUUUUCAAGUUUUCAACUUUGCUCAGAAACGUCGACUGCAUCGCUGUGAGGGCCGAUUACGAGUUCUACCGCUCUGGGCGGGGCUAUUUCAUGCUGCCGACAAAUGGUAUUGCUCAUAUUAUCCAUAUCCAUCAAAACAUUGCUCAUUUCAGUGACGACCCAAGCCUCACUGCCCAACUGCGAAGCUCCGGUCCCCGAAUUCACGUCUGGAAAUCACUUUUUCGCUCCGUAA